CGCUCCGGCCGCCCCAAUCCGCUCCUCUAUGGUUCGCGCCUCCCCUGAAGGAGGCGCAGUCACGUGACCGAAACCCGCCGGGCUUCGCGUGACCGGAAGCGCGGUGACGUCACUGUUUGCGGAAGUGCCGGUGCGGAGCCGGGUGUCCCCUGUCCCAUGGAGCUGCUGUUCGGGCGCAGGCGCUCCCCCGAGGAGCUGCUGAGGCAGAACCAGCGCGCUCUGUCCCGCGCCGUGCGCGAGCUGGAGCGCGAGCGGCAGAAGCUCGAGGCGCAGGAGAAGAAAAUCAUCGUGGACAUCAAGAAAAUGGCGAAGCAGGGCCAGAUGGCCGCGGUGCGGGCGCUGGCCAAGGACCUGGUGCGCACGCGGCGCUACGAGCGCAAGUUCAUCGCCAUGAGAGCCAACGUGCAGGGGGUGGCACUGCGGGUGCAGACCCUGAGGUCACACAGCGCCAUGGCCAGCGCCAUGCGGGGUGUCACCAGGGCCAUGGCCACCAUGAACCGACAGCUGAAGCUGCCACAGAUCCAGCGCAUCCUGCAGGAGUUCCAGAAGCAGUCAGAGAUGAUGGACAUGAAGGAGGAGCUGAUGAACGACGCCAUCGACGACGCCCUCGGGGACGAGGACGACGAGGACGAGAGUGACGCUGUGGUGUCCCAGGUCCUGGACGAACUGGGGCUGAACCUGACUGAGGAGCUGGCCAGUGAGCGAGGAUUUUGGGGAUCUCUCCGCUCGGCGGGGGAGGGGCGCGGGGGCGCCGAGGCGGCCGCGGCCGCGUUGGCCGACGCCGACGCCGACCUGGAGGAGAGGCUGAAGAACCUGCGCAGGGACUGAGCCCGGGGCCUCCCGGGACCUUGGCACUUCUGGGACUUUCAGAAUUUUUGGGAAUUUUUUGGGAAUUUUUUGGGAUUUUUUUGAUUUUUUUUUCGGAUUUUUGGCCAUCCCAGAGCGGGGAUUUUGCCCCUUUAUUCCGAUUUUUUGGGGGGAUUUUCCAUCUCUUCCCCACUCCUGGGAGCCCCCAAAGUCUGACCCCCUUUAUUUAAGGUUUUCCCCCCUUUUUGGGACUUUUUUGGAAUUUUUGGGGGAUUUUUUCGGAUUUUUUCCUGAUUUUUUUUUGGGAUUUUUGGCCAUCCCAGAGCGGGGAUUUUGCCCCUUUAUUUCAAUUUUUUGGGGGGAUUUUCGACUGAUUUCGGGAUUCUGACCACACCCCAAUGGGAUUUCCCUCCUUUAUUUGGGAUUUCCCAUUUUUUGGGAUUUUCCCUCUUUAUUUAGGAUUUUCCUUCUUUAUUUAAGAUUUUUUUUUCGGGGAUUUUUGGCCAUCCUGGGCAGGAUUUUCCCUUUUUUUGGGAUUCCCCAUUUUUUUGGGAUUUCUCCUUUUUGGGAUUUCCCCUUUUUGGGGAUUCCCCCUUUUUUGGAGCUUUUUGACCCCCUCGGGGUCUCCCCCCCUUUUUGGGGUCUUUUCCCUUUUUUUGGCACGCUGACACUACUUUGGGGUGAAUUCCCCUUUUUUGGGGUCUUCUCCCCCUUUUUCGGGUCUUUCUCCCAUUUUUGGGGUUUCUCUCCCCAUUUUUGGGGUCCCCCUCCCCCAAUAAAGUUUCCUGGCACCUG